AUGUCGCUUGUUGGUGUAAAAACCAGGUCUAAUAAUGCUCAAGCAGAUAUUCAAGAGGUUGUGCAAUCCGAAAUAUCAAAAUAUCUGAUGUCCUCGGACUUCAAGGAGUUAUUGAGAGAUUCGUUUAAAGAAGCUUUAUCAGGCAUGAUUGCACAAGUAGUGAAACCAUUUGAAGAGAAAAUAAUAAAACUCGAGGAAGAAGUGCUUCAACUUGAGGAGAAAUGCAACGACAACGAGCAAUACUCACGCCGGUACAACGUUCGUAUUUACGGGGUGAAUAACUCAACAUCGGCUGAUAGUUACGGGUAUGACACAAAGGAAGAUUGCUUUAAAACUGUGAUCGAGUUUUGUAGAAAUGAACUCGGCAUUGAAGUCAAGCACGAGGAAAUCGAUCGAGCUCAUCGCGUGGGCAAACCCAACAGAGAUGGCGCGAGGGCGUUAAUAGUUAAAUUUAAGAGCUAUGAGUCCAAACGCAAAUUAAUGAUAAACAAACGGAAAUUAAAGGGGAGGAAGCUUUACGUGAACGAAGAUUUAACUUGGAUGAAUCAGCAGCUGCUAAAACGAGUCCGUGAUGCUAUUGCAGGGAAGGCUUAUGUGUUUACUGCUGAUGGUUAUAUUUUGGUCAAGGUUAAACCCGACCGCCCACCAGUCAGAAUUCGCAGAGACUCCGACUUAUUGAGAUAUGACUUCGAAUAA